UAAAAGAGCGGGGAACAUCAUGCACACAGCGGAGCUCGCGCUUUCCUUUCUCCUCGUCCUGAUCAUCGUAGUGUCGGUGCUGUCCAACGUGCUGGUGCUGAUCUGCUUCCUGUACAAUGCAGAAAUACGCAAGCAGGUCCCUGGCUUGUUUAUACUCAACCUGACGUUCUGCAACCUGCUUCUGUCCGCCUCCAGCAUGCCGCUGACUCUUUUCGGGGUGCUGAGUAAUGCGCACCCCGGAGGACACGUUUUCUGUCAGGUGGUCGGCUUUCUGGACACUUUCCUGACCACCAACUCUAUGCUGAGUAUGGCUGCGCUCAGCAUCGACCGGUGGGUUGCAGUGGUGUUCCCUCUGAGUUAUCAUUCCAGGAUCCGUCACCGGGACGCUGUGAUCGCUCUGGCUUACACGUGGGUGCACUCGCUGUCAUUCUCGGUGGUCGCCGCAUGUCUCUCCUGGGUGGGCUACCAUCAGCAGUACGCUUCGUGCACGCUCUGUAACGGCAGGGCUGUUCAUGCCAAGACGCAGUUCGCGAUUUACACGCUGGUGCUGCACUCGCUCACGUUCCUGCUGGUGUCGGUGGUGCUCUGCGUCACCUAUCUGAAAGUGCUCAAAGUCGCGCGCUUUCACUGCAAGCGCAUAGACGUGAUCACCAUGCAAACCCUCGUGCUGUUGGUGGACAUUCACCCGAGUGUUCGUCAGCGCUGUCUGGAGGAGCAGAAAAGGAGAAGACAGAGAGCCACCCGUAAAAUUAGCACCUUCAUCGGCACCUUCGUCGUCUGUUUCAGCCCUUAUGUCAUCACCAGGGUUGUGGAGCUGUUUCUGACAGAGCCGUUUAAUCCAUACUGGGGAGUGCUGUGUAAGAGUCUGGCUUACAGUAAGGCUGCUUGCGACCCUUUCGUCUACUCUCUCCUGCGCCACCAGUACAGGAAGACCUGCAGUGACAUCAUCAAUCGACUCAUGAAGCGCAGCUCGCUGAACGGCUCCAGGCAUCAGCAGCAAAAUGGAAAGAUUGUGAGAGCCAAGGAAAUCGGAAAACACGGGGAUGUCGAAGGCAGACCUAAAGACUGA